CCUGGCUAGCUCCAACAACAUCCCUUCUAAACGAAAACAAUGGCGUUCAAGUACCAGCUCAUCCUCUCGGCCGCCGUCAUGCUCGCCAUUCUCGUCGCCACUGCCACCAGUUUCGGGGAUUCGUGUGCUCCAGGGGAUGCGUUGCCACACAACCCUCUCAGAGCCUGCCGCACCUACGUGGUCAGUCAAAUCUGCCACCAAGGCCCCAGACUCCUCACCUCGGACAUGAAGAGGCGGUGUUGCGACGAGUUGUCGGCCAUCCCGGCGUACUGCAGGUGCGAAGCGCUGCGUAUCAUCAUGCAAGGGGUAGUAACUUGGCAGGGUGCGUUCGAGGGUGCCUACUUCAAGGACACGCCCAACUGCCCUAGGGAGAGGCAAACGAGCUACGCCGCCAACCUCGUCACCCCGCAGGAGUGCAACCUAUGGACCAUCCACGGCAGCCCGUCCUGCCCCGAACUGCAGCCCGGAUAUGGAGUGGUCUCGUCAUAAGUUAUAACGACUAGCUCGAUCAUGAAUAAGCAUGGUGCAUCGAUCAAUGGACCAAUCGAUUGUAUGCAUCUAUGCCCAUGUGUGAUGUGUGUUAAAUCGUAAUAAAGAGCAUCAGAGUAUUUUCA